AUGGCGAUGUCUUUCCAUGGCUUGUGCAGUGGCCCACAGUGGCCUCAUGUGGCCUCUAUUUGCCGAGGCCGGAUUCUGCGCCUGGCAUUUCAGUCCACGGUGCUGGCUUGGAAGUUGCCAAUGGCAUCUACGUUCGAACUGGCUUCAAGAGGUCUCAUAUUCUUGCCAGGCGAAGGGCUUGAUUGGAGCCUAGUGGACCUUGAUGGCCAGUUGCAGCAAUCUACGGAGGAAGACAAUCCUGCAAAGGGUGCGAACUCCAACAGUGCGUUUGCACCUGGCAAGCUCAGAUGGAAUCCAUAUUCCGUCACACUCUACAAGGUUGCUUCGACGCUAAACAGCGGAAACUGUCUACUCCCACCACAGCUUGGCUGGGUUGUGGUCGACGGCCUGGCACCAGCUCCUUCAAUGAGUCCAUGCCAAGAAGAGAGCACCAGACCGGAAAAGAUCCUGGCUGCAGCCAUGCCCGGGAAGCUGCUCAAACGGAUUGCAGCGAGCUCUCCGAGUGCAGAAAAAGUGCAAUCUUCUAUCCACCCGCCCUGGAGGACUGCUGUCCAGCAAAGCCUGCCCAGAGUCAUCCGUUGGGGAACGUUGGAGACGUCAACAGCUCGGAAGCAAAAUGCGAAGGCAUUGACUUCGAGCUUCUCGCUACCAGAUUUCCAGCUUGCGCCGGAACCUUCGGCUUCGUCAACCUUAAAAGGGAGGAGAAUUCCGGCUCUGAAAGAUGCAAAAGCUGGGGAAACUGUCUUGCUCGUCUUCAGCGUGAUCCUAUCACGGCCGAGUGUUCACACAGAAUGGGGCGCUGUGUUUGACAAGCAACAGCUUGUCUCUACAGGUAGAAGGGUCGUUUCAGGCAUUGAGCCUCACACGCCUUUUGAUCGUUGGAACACAUGGCAGAUGGUGCGUGGCAGGCAGGACAUGUGCAUCCGAAGAGGUGAUCAGCUUUUAAAGCAAAACGGUGGCUGGGCGUUCUCGGAAGUGCCACUGGAAAGCCCUGAGGGCUUUGAGGACCUGUCAGGAAUGGAAGACGACGCGGUGGAAGGUGUUUGUGACACGAUGCUGGUCAUGGAUUUUGGUCGCUUUGUUCAGCGACCUUGUCCCCCACAGCCACCAAGGAUGGAGCCCUGGGAAGUCGGAUAUGGUCUCCGCGUUGAGAUCGAUUCGUUCUUGGCUGGGCCUUAUGAGGAAGAUGUGUUGGCAUGGGCAUUGAUCCUGAAGGAGGAAGUCGCUGAUGCGAACUUGGGUUCAGAAACUUUGGGCAAGGCAGAAAGCUGUUGGAGAGCUUACAACAGCGAGUCCGGGAAGGGAGCUGAAGAGAAGCCAGCACAAGAAGUGCCGCCACGCGAAGUGGUUGUUUCAGGCCAGGACCCUCGCGCUUUGGGCCUGGCCCUGGCUGAAGUCUAUGGGGAGCGGACUCGGAGAGGUUUGCAGCAUGCCAAGGACUACUACACAGAGCUUCCUCCAAUCUCGUGUUCAACAAAGCAGUGGCAAGACUUGGCUGCCCUCGCACAAAAAGGUGCAGUGCUUUGCUGUCCAGCAGCGGCUGCCUUUUUCGAUGGCCUGAAAGAAGGUCUUGGCUGGGAUGUCUACGAGACCAUGCUGGACUUUGAGGUGUACACUCUGGAGCUCCAGCGCCGUUCGCGUGACGAGGCAAGGCAACGCAGAGCUGUAAGUUCCUCCAGUGGCAGCAGCAGCGAAAGCUUUGUGGAGGUGAACUUAGGCGAUGAGUCGCACUCCUCAGAGGAGAGUGUGGAUGAACCCUGCGAGAAGCGGAAGAAGCUGCCCAAGAACGGAAGAUGCACUGGCUUCGCCAUUGCUGGCGACACUACCACCAUCGGAGGUACAGGAAGAGCAGUGUUGGCAUCGCAGACAGUUGAUCUUCCAGGAAUUCUUUAUGGCUUUGGCGAUUUUGAUUGCGUUUUGAGACUGCAGCUCCCCUCUGUGGAGCUUCUGGUUUACGAUUCAGAUGGCAGGUUAUGUCCGGUUGGUCUGAAUUCGGCCGGCCUGGGGAUCUGCGUCUUCAACUUGCACGACAGGCAAACAGAUGGCUUUCAGCAACCAUCACUGAGUGUACAGACCGUGGUUUGGGAGCUGCUGCUGUGUGGCCAUACGAUGAGCUCAGCCUUGACAUGGCUGCGUGGCCUCGCUCUACAGCCGAUGUGUGGCAGUGCCUUGCUUUUGGUGGAUGACUCUGGUGCUGUGACAGUGGAACUGAACCCAGGUGGGCCGGUGAUUGGAGAAGUACGGCAGGCAGAAGCAGUGGCCAGAUCGAAUCACCCAAUAUUGCCCGAGUCCAAUGCAACAUUUGGAGGCAACCGAAGAGCACAUCUUGAUUCUCAGCGAAGACUGGAGGCAGUCCAAAGAGUGCUGGAACAGCGGGCUACAGAGGUUGCUGCUCAAGUAGAUGCUGCUGCUGCAUUGUCUAUUUUGAGGAAGGCCAAGAAGGUGAGAAAUCUAUCUACUUUAGCUAUCAUCUCAUUGAGCCCUCCACAAGGCCAGUUGUUGGUAGAGUUCAGAGAGCGCCAGGAAGUUUCGGCAUCUGAAGCUGCCCGUUUUGCAGUCAACCCGAUCAUUCAUGAUGUCGAGGUAGCUGCAAUCAUGGCAGAUGGAAGAGGACCCAUCUCUUUGCUUCUUGCAGAAGGAGUGAAGACUGGCCGCACCUACACGGCAUGUAUUGCCAUGCUCACUGACGUCGGUUGGUCUGCAUUCUCGUAUCCCUCGAGGUCAGUGCACGUGAAGCAACGACCUGGUCUAAUGGACGGCAUUCUUUCUUUGGUCCUGCCCCCUGAGGAUGAACAAAUGCUGAUGAUGUCCGCGCUUUCGAACCUGAAGAAAAGCGAGCCCAAGCGAUCGGUGCCAUUCUUCAUUCUACCUUCGCAUUUGCAACCAGGCUUUUCAGCUCCAGUUGCCACGAAGAGCAGCACGAUGGAUCCCUGUGAGCUACUUAGCAAGCGGAGACUUCUUAAGAUGUCGCUGGUUUUGCCUAAUGGUCGGCCAAAGGGCUUGCAUGUCGCAGAGGAAGGUGGAAACACACUCCUUGUUGCUGAAGAAGGUUCGUGGCAAGGAAAAGAAAAUUCGCCGAUGCUGAAUUUGUCGAACAUGUCGGUGCCGUGGAGGCUGUGCAGUGGGGACUUCAUUGUGAGAAUCAAUGGCCUUGCUGGAGCAGAAAAAAUGCUGCAGGAGUUGAAUCGCAACCCUCCAGUACUUGCGAUAGAAAUCCUCAGAGGCUGCGGAGGCAAGAAGGAGUCUGAGACUGCCCAAGUCUUUGAUCUUGAUCGUGAGCUGGAUGAUCAUUGCCAGCGUCUUGUCUCCGAGAUUCGAACUCAUGGGCUCCUGAGCAGUGACGCUGAACUGGCUUCUUUGUUGGUGGGCGGCAGGGAUGAUCUCAUUCAAAAGGCUCUCGACAAGGCACAGAAAUUCAAAAAUGACGUGGUACCAAAAAGACCCAGCGAUGGUGCUCCCGUGCCUGAAGCUGAAGAUAUGGACAAUGCCAUCAAAAUGGAAGCGCAGAGGCGAUUGUUGGUGCUUCGCCGCUUCCACAUGAUGGAGAGUUGUGCCAAGGAGAGUGAGAAAGGGCAGCUCUCAGAGGCUUGCCGGCUGUUGCAAGUGGCAAUGGCAGAUGCCAGCUUUUCAGCAGCCAAAUUAGGACAAAAGAUCGAGGAAUUUAAGCAAUUUGGUGGCUCUGCGGUAAGGGCAUCAGCUCCAGCCCAGAUACUUCUCAAACGAGCGAUCUUUCAGAGAGAACUGUGGCACUGGCGAGAAAGGCUGAGGUCAGAGCGACGGGACUUGAAAGAAGCAGUUGAGGAGAUGGUGCGCAUGGAGAUGAUGGAUCAAGAACACACAAAGCGAUUCCCAGGGCGUCCAAUGAACCAGGAUGAUGUGGAGAAAAUUGUGCAGGCCCGCAAUGUGCUGGACAGACAGGUGAGACAGGGCCGUUCUUUUCGACGCCAGCUUAUCUUUGACAUGGCAGAGGCUGAGGCUGUACUCAACAGAAAUUUGCACAGCGCUGCUGGCCAACGGAAGCUCAGUCCAGAAGAAGAAUACGCACGCUUCAAUCCUGAGCGCACCUUGAGUGUGGGGAAGAAGAAAGGCUGGUACUCGAGUGUCCGAACCCACUACCUCAACUUUGGCGAGUUGCUUUUUGCUGAUGAAGAGGGCAAGGAUGUGAAGUUCCAGACCAAGGACGGAGCUGCUAUGGCACAUUCGUCUGUCCUGCGGGCUGUUUCGAAGCCGUUUCGGCAGAUGCUCAGCGGAGAAAUGUCCGAAGGUCGUACAAAGACCAUUGAGCUCCCAGAUUCGACGCGAGCAGACUUGCUUUUCUUCUUGCGGCUACUCUACACUGGUCAGGUGGACGAAGCUGAUUGGGAUGGCCUGACUGGAACUCCAAACUUCCAUGUACAAGCUCCAAAUGAUGCUGAACCUGCCAGUGCAUCUUUGCUCGAUGGAGUCUACUUGGCUGCAGGUACUUUCAGAGGAGCGCCCAAGUUUCUCAACAGCAACCAGGUUCUUCUCUAUCGCGGAAAUGAUGAAGACCAAGAGGGUCCGUGCUGGAAAUUGUCUUGGAAAGAGGAUGGAGAUGACGAUGAAGACAGUGACGAGGCAAACGAGCGACUGCUGUUGGAACAGCUGUGGUCGCAGGAAGAUGUGACUGAAGAUGUGCCAGAUCAUAAAAUUGGGUGGGAUUUCAGUCAAAAGGGUGGCACAGCUUCAGCUCCGCCGACUGGUUGUUGGACACCUGAGAAAGGAGUUGGUAUUUGGGGCAGCCCAGGCAAGAACAGUGUCAUGGUUUCCAAGUUGGACAACCCUCCCCUGCAGCUGCUUCUUAAUGCCCUUGGCCUUGCAAAGAAGUACAUUGUAGAGUACAUGGUGCGAUGGCUAAUGGAAGCAACCACUGAGAG